UCACGAGAUUGAAAAGGGAUCGGAGAAUCAACGAGAUCAUGAAGUAGUGUAGAGUCUUGCAGAGAGUCAGCAUACCUGGAGCGCGCCUCUUUCUGCCCUUUUUGUUUCCUUCUCGGUUCGUUUGCUCGCUCCUUUCUCUCUCUCCCGCCCUCCCUCCACCUCUCUGUGUGUGGGCCGAGUACACCACCCAGCCAUAGUUGUGUGCGAUCGAGCAGCCGCCGCCUCUGAAAAGGCGAGCAAGCCGCGAGGGUGGAGUAGCGGCACUCCCGCCCGAAUUUUUAUAAUCUGUCCGCAUUUUGUGUCUUUCCAUUGACUAGGCUAAGCUUGAUUUUCGACGGAGUGGAGGUUUAGAUUGUCUUCUCUGGCGAGCUUCGACGGAGUGAAGGGUGAGGACUGUGAGCAGGCUGCGCCAGGCAGAGGUUAGUCCAAGCGAUCUGUUGCCUCACGGUGUUAGCCGGUCUACCGAGGAGAUAUCGCUGAAGUUCGCGCAGUCGGCGGGCAUCGUCGACAUGGCGUUCUGCGGGAGAUUAUUGCCUCUUGCUAGACGCACUUUGUGCAGCUCGGCGGCUGCUUCUGCUGCAAAGGAGGCCUCCAAUUCAUACAAAGUGGCUCUUCUCGGCGCUGCUGGAGGUAUCGGGCAGCCUCUCGGAAUGCUUAUGAAGCUUAAUCCCGCCAUUGAUCGGCUGUCUCUUUACGAUAUUAUGGCUACCCCUGGUGUAGCUGCUGACCUUAGUCAUGUCAACACUGCUGCAAAGGUAAGUGGAUUUGUUGGAGAUGAUCAACUUGGUGAGGCACUGGCAGGAUCUGACUUAGUGAUUAUCCCUGCGGGAGUGCCACGGAAGCCGGGAAUGACCCGUGAUGACUUGUUCAAGAUUAAUGCUGGAAUAGUGAAGGGGUUGUGUGAAGCCAUUGCUAAGCAUUGCCCACAGGCUUUGGUGAAUGUAAUCAGCAACCCGGUGAACUCGACGGUGCCGAUUGCUGCAGGAGUUUUCAAAAAGGCUGGAACAUACGAUCCCAGGAGACUUUUUGGCGUCACCACUCUCGACGUAGUAAGGGCAAGGACAUUCCUCAGUGAGAAAAAAGGACUUAACCCAGCAGGGGUGGAUGUGCCCGUCGUAGGGGGGCAUGCGGGAGCCACAAUUCUGCCAUUGUUCUCGCAGGCUGUGCCAAAAGUCGACCUGACUCAAGCUGAGGUGGAGGAGCUGACCAAGCGCACGCAGGAAGGGGGCACAGAGGUAGUACAAGCGAAGGCCGGGAAAGGAUCAGCAACUCUCUCUAUGGCGUAUGCGGGAGCACUGUUUGCUGAUGCUUGCCUACAGGGCCUUAGUGGGAAGAAGGAUGUGAUCCAGUGUGCAUAUGUCGCUUCCCAGAUCACAGAUCUUCCUUUCUUUGCAUCAAAGGUGCGGCUUGGCAAAGGUGGAUUAGAAGAGGUCUAUGAUCUUGGCCCUCUUUCAGACUAUGAGCAGAAACUCCUAGCUGAAAUGAAAGAACAGCUCAAGUGCAACAUCGACAAGGGCAUCAAGUUCGGCCAGGAGAAUUGAGACUUGAAAAACAAAUGCAUGGUGUCGGAAGAACUGCAUUUGUUCACACAUCACUAGCAGAGAGACAGUGAGCGAGUCUCUCUCGUGUGCCAAUUCUCACACAUAUCCCUACCCUGUACGCAGUGAUCUCUCUCUCUCUCUCUCUCUCUCUCUCUCUCUCUCUCUCUCUCUCUCUCUCUCUCUCUCUCUCUCUCUCUCUUACCAGUUCCUGCUCUUGCGCUCUUUGGCGACACAAUUAGCACAUGCGCUCUUUGGCGACACAAUUAGCACAGGCAGGAAGAAAUGACACUGUACAUUGUGGCAGGCGUGAAGAAAGAUUGUGGAAUCCUUCAUCGAACUACGGAUGGUGUGAAGGCCAUUUGUUCGAGGUGUUUGAGGAGCUUCAGACGUCGAUGGGAUGAUAUCUGAGUCGAUCAUAUGGCAGGGUGAUGAAUCACCUGCAUUCACGGCUUCACACACGUUAGGAUAAAAAUACUGGCAGCAGAAUACUUCAAGGCACCAUCUUCCAUCGUAUACCUUCAUUAUUCUUUGUGGAGCUGAAGCCAGCCGGGACAGGUCAACGCACCCUCUUGCUUUUUUUUUUCCCAUCAUUUUUUGGUAUGGCUUAGUAAAGGAUUGUUCCUCUCAGCAAGAUUUUCUGGCUUACGAUUUUGUCCAUUUUUUCCGAUUUUGUCCAUUUUCAUUUAGCUGGCCUUUCUGAGACGGGCGUCGACCGAAUCCUUCAAUCCUUUCAUUGUUAGGCUGCCGUGGUCAGGAGUCCAUCGGCGGAGUCCGUUAAUCAAUCCAAAGUCCUCUGGCCUCGGUGGAAAUACCUUCCGAAUUGAGGUUCGAAGGCCCUGCUCACAAGAAUGGGUGUUGAGGUAGGCGACUCUUGUGUUGAGGUUGGCGAGUUUUCUAAUUCCGGAAAUGCCGGAAAUUGCUGAUGGGGAAGUCUGGCGUUUAUCGAUUAAUAGAUGGCAAUCUCCCGAAAGGCACUGUGCAUUACUUCACAGGUGUGAUCUUGGUAGAAUGAGCUGUCGACUGCAGAAUUUGAAAAGUCUCAUCUCAGAGAGACUCAGAGAGAAAAAUAUUCGCUAUGCUGCUUCACAUUUUGCAAAACGGGGAACGAUCGGAUAGCGUCACUUACAUGACGAUACUGGGAAUGCUCCAGUAAAUAGCGCACAAUGCC